AUGGGCGCAGAUCCGCAAUACGUCAAGUGGCCCUUGCUGCCGCUCUCCCAGCACGUCUUCACCCUCACAAAUGCCUACGCUUCCAAACAGGCCCAGCAGGCCGCCGCCAAGGCCCUGCAGGAUGCCAUCUCUCAGGACAAGAUGGCGCCCUUCUACCGAUACCUGGCCCAUCCGAUCGAAGGCAUCCUGAAUGCAGUGGGCGAGAGCAGCUCCUCAGCAGCGGGUAAGCCUCCGAGCCGGAAAUCGAGCCUGGUGGGCAUGGUGGCGACCAAGGCGGCACCUGGGGCAGCCAACCUGCCGUGGGACGAGGAUCUAUACAACAAGCUGAAGGAGGACAAUGACAGAGAACUGGCCGAGUUCCAGAAGGAGCAGGAUGAAGCGGAGGAGCAGGCUGGCGAGACCGAAGUCAUGGCUGCCAAGGGCAAGCGGGCAGACUUUUGGGCUCGAGUGGGCGACAAGGACAAAGCAAUUGCCGAGUUCGAAAGCUUAUUUGAAAAGACUGGCAUCCUGGGCACCAAGAUCGACCUGGUCCUCGCCACGAUACGCAUGGGUCUCUUCUACGGUGACAAGCCCCUCGUCAAGAAGCAAGUCGAGCGAGCAAAGGCACUCGUCGAGACCGGUGGUGACUGGGACCGCCGCAAUCGCCUAAAGGCCUACGAGGGCCUGCACCUCCUCACCGUCCGCGCAUACAACACCGCCGCGCCGCUGCUGCUCGACUCCCUCUCCACAUUCACCAGCUACGAACUCUGCACCUACUCCAACCUCGUCGUCUACUCCGUCCUCGCCGGCUCCGUAUCCCUCAAGCGCGUCGACUUCAAGUCCAAGGUUGUCGAUGCCCCCGAGAUCAAGGCUAUCAUGGGCGAUGGCGAGGACAAGCUAUUAGCUCUCAGCGGUGCCCUGAGCGCUGGCCCCGGCGCGGAUGACUCCAUGGGCGAUAAGCUCCCCAAGACAGCCACCACCACCGCGGUCAACCUGACGACUCUGGGCUCCAGCUCCGACCAGCCCGAGGCCGAGAUGGCCAUUGAUUUCAGCCCCCUUGCUCUGUUGGUCAGCAGCCUGUACAACGGCAACUACAAGACCUUCUUCCAGUCCCUCGCCUCGGUUGAGGAGCAGUUCUUGAACCACGACCGCUACCUGCAUGAGCACAAGAGCUGGUUCAUCCGAGAGAUGCGUCUUCGUGCGUACCAGCAGCUGCUGCAGAGCUACCGAGUCGUCGGCCUAGAAAGCAUGGCAAACGACUUUGGUGUCACUGUGGACUUUUUGGACCGCGAUCUUGCUCGAUUCAUCGCCGCUGGCCGCAUCCCCUGCACCAUCGACCGCGUCUCCGGCAAGGGCGUCAUCGAGACCAACCGACCUGAUGACAAGAACAAGCAGUACCAGGAUGUCGUUCGCCAGGGUGACCAGCUGAUUACAAAGCUGCAAAAGUACGGCCAGGCUGUUAGACUAAGGGGCAGUGAGAGAGCAUGA